GCACCUAUUUUCAAAAAUGCAUGCAUGGAUAUUUUAGCUAGAGAUUCGAUCAAAGAAAGGAAUUGAAAUAAAUGUCCGCUGAUACUCUGGAAGUCAAUGAAAUUAUUCUUCACAACAAAUGUCAGUUGAAAUACUACGAAGGAAGCCAUUUUUUUUCUUUUCUGCAUUCAAUUUGGCAUCGCUGAUUAUUCAAAGCAGAUUAUUUGUAGAAAAAUCUUCCAAAAAAGUAUCAUUCAUGUCUUUUUGAAAAUAAUGCUAAACCGAAAAAAAUUUAUUCCGAUUUUUCAAUAAAGCUUCUGGAGAACCCUGCCAGCCGUUGUUCUGUCUCGGACUUUAGUUACUCUGACUCAGCAGGAAGUUGCCACAGCACUGCGACCGCUCUACUUUGCUGUUCAUCCGGAUCUCUUUUAUCGAUUUCCCAAAGAAAAAGAAAUAAAUGAAAAUUCUUUGAAACAGAUGAAUUAUUAUUUGGAAACCAUUUUAGAGAAUAAAUCUACUGAUCCUGUUUUAUUGACUUUUUGUUUGAAGAAUGGAACUCAGAAUGUUGAUCAUUCCACAUCUUUCAAGCAUGUGAACAUCCAGUUGCUAGGGAAAGACAUUCAUAGCCUCCUGUAUAAUAUCCUCUCAACGUGCCAUCUCUCUACAGACUAUCUGGAUGAUUUGCAAAAAUCCAGACCGAGGCAGAUGAAACCGAAGCAAUUCACUACUCGAACUUCUUCCAAGAGUUUCCAUGACCAGUGGUGGAAGGAAGUUCGCAAAACCGCAGAGGACAUAGAACGAUGCAUCUGGAAUGAACCUGAUGUGGAUUUCAGAUCAUGGCUGAUUAAUAAUACAGAUAAAGCCCUGCAUCGCCUGCAGAUGUGCCAGCCUCUGCGGGAGGAGACUGAGCGGCUGCGCAACGAGCUGCGGGAAGUUCAUUUUCUCAAAGACAUUGUGUGGAACUGUGGCUGGGGCAUCACGCACUUUCGAGGUUGCCUGCAGAGCUUUCAGCGACUUUUGCAGCAGCACCCUUCUCAGAUACUUCCUCUGAAGGGUCGAACUCUUGUUUUUGGUCGGGAGACUGGAGUCAGUUUUGAGGGGCACAUCAUCCUAAGCAGUGAAGAUGUCAGAAAUAAUUGGUUGGACGUGAUACAGUCAGUGGAGCAGUAUGAUAACUUGUUGCGCCAAAUUCCGAAGGCAGAAGGAGCCUUGUCAGAAGUGCUGCGUGGUAUUUCGGUGGACCACCGUAAGUUUCAGCCAACAGUCAUGGUCCAGAAAUACAUUCAGCAGUUAGGAAAGCUCACUUCAGCCCUUUAUAAGCACAGAUGGGUGCACGGCUACCCGGAAGAUUGGCCCCGCCGACUUUGUGCCUUUCAGCUAGUUGUGGAAUGUGAAUCUGGUCCUCUGAUGUUAUCUCCAACUGGUCAGUUUAUUGUCCCAGCUUCCUGUCCAGCAUUAGUAUUGGUAGACUUCAUUGGUAAAAACAUGGCUGAAGCAGAUCAAAGACUUCAAUUUUAUUCUACUAUGAAGAAAGAAGAACGAAUGUUGCAUGCGCAAUGUAUGGCCCAACUUGGACUGAGCGCCCUCGAAAAGGACGACAACAUCACACCCGACCUCAUGGUACAGUGUUGUCGCCGGAUCCUGCGCGACGCAGCUGCUCUCGGCCCCAGUCUGCGGGGAUUGCGGCUGCGCAUCUCUCACUACUACUCAGUGCUGCAGGACGGAGAGAUCUGCAUUCCCUGGAACUGGAACGUGACACGCCGAUGACAACAAACGGAGCACGUAGACCUUUGAAUGAGUAUAUGUAUUACUGCUUGAGUGCAGCUAACGUACGGAUUUUCUAGAUCUGGAAAAUUAUUUUAUUUCUCACAGUAUGACUCGGCACUACUAUUACCUGAUAAUCUAUUACACUACUUAGAUGAAAUGAUUUGUCUUCAUAGGUUUCUAUUAAUAAUCAUUCAAACAACUCAGUCAUACUGUAUACUACUUUCAAAAACACUGUAUUCUUACUCCAAGAAGUUGAAAUAAUAAUCCGUAGAUGGGUUAGCAAGUAAUGGAACAUAAUAUUUAUUCUCAUUUAUCAGAAGGUUAUGAGUGAAACUAUUGACUUACUUAUUCAUUUUGUUAAAAAAAUAUCAGCCAAUUGUCAUGUUCUCCAUUCUACUCACUGUGCAGAAACACUGUCGAUCAUUUCACACUUGACUGUCGACUAACCGGCUACUGUAUACAUGACAUAUUGCCUAUCGGAGGAGUUAAAAUGGAAUCGUAACAAUGGGUGUAACAUUCAAUUCAAAGUGGUAAAAAUCGGUUCUGUAGUUUAAAAAUAGGGAUAAAAAGUGUCAAUAUUUGGCUUAACAUUAUACUAAAUGCAUGUCUAAAAAAUCCAGCUGUUUUUGUAAUUAAAUGAAAUAGUUAUACAAAUAUUGAAUGCUAAUUUUAUAGAAUCCUUAGACAAAAACAAUAAACUACUGCAUAUUGAAGCACUUAUAAACAAAGACUAUCGCAUAAAUUAUGACUUUUUGCAAAAUAACUAAGAUUAAGAUAUCAAAUGUUGUAAAGUAUAAAUAGGCUUGCUACUAAGUUUAAAUGAAUUGAAAAGUUUUGAUUUUUUUGGCAAUCAACUAGUCCGCCCAGAUUAUUGCCUUUUUAGGCUAUUAAACAAUUAAUAUGGAAUGUAUGUACGACUGAAAAGCAGGAAUUUAGAUUGAAUCAAUCUGCUACAAAUUAAAAAAGUGUAAAUUUCACGAAAUAAAAAGUAAAAAUCCUAUUUCGGAGUCAGUGUCCAAAGAAAACAUUUUUUUAAAUCUUAAUUUUAAUACUGAUAAAAGCACGCGAUUGAAUGUUUUAAUGAAUGAGUUUGAAAUUCAUCAUAAUAUUAAAAACAUUAUAACAAAAUGUAUAUUAAAUUUAAAAACUAUUAAAAAUAAAGAAAACAUUGACAGAAAUGAAAUCUAAAUCAUUAAAAGAUUAUAUAUAUAUAUAUAGUUUUAAGAUAUUGCAAAAAAUCAUUUUUUUUUUUUUUGUGAGAUUAAUAGUUUUAAAAAAUAUUCUUAUCACUUUCCAUAAGUGAGCCAUGGCGAUAAUCCAUCUGGCGACGGUGAAGUCUAUAUUCGCGCUCAAUUAAACUUUCUGUUUAACGCCUAGACUGAACUUAAAGGGUGAAAAAAAAAAGUCGAUAUUGCCAAAUAUAAUAACUUAACUUUAUACUUUAUUAAUAUUUGGCGAAAAAUGCUCUUUAGUUUUACCGAAGUUUAUUUCUUGAUUUCUUUCACAUUUUCUUUCUUCUAACAGAGUGGAGAUUUUGGUGAUACAGCGAGCACCCUCUAGAACAUUUCUAAUAAAAUUUUGGAGCGCCAUUGAUUAUGAAGUAUUGAAUUAAGUGCAUUUGUAAAAACAUCCAAUAAAGCUGGCAGAAAUGUUCGUAAAACGGUUUGCUUACAUUUGAUUGUUGCCUCCGACAGAAUGUUAAAAGAGCGAUUUUUGCACCACAUAUGUUGGCGUUGUGUAUAGGAAGAGAUUUUUAAAUACUUGAUAAGUAAAUUGAUUCAAAAUCUAAUUGUUCAGCAUAAUUAUGAAAUUGCAAUGAUAACAGAUGUUUUCUUAUAAAUACAUCUGACGUCCAAUGUUAAUUUUUUUAUUUGCAUAAAAUUAACUUUCUCAUCUUUUCAAAACUGAACAUUAAUCUUAGUGCACUAAACCAAAUUAAAGCUAUAAAAAGGCGGCGUUUUAAGGGAGAAGUAAAAAAAGCCUCUCACAGUUGUGUUUGUUUAUAUCGUGUUGUUAUCGGAGCUCCACUGAUGCUCUAAGCUUAGGAAAAAUUGCCCUUUGUUUUUUAUCCCGUUUCUUUCUAAUUUAUCUUAGUAAAUGUGUUUACAAGAUAAAUAUGAAUACUUUAGAAAUAAAAUCUAUCUCCUUCUGAUGGCAUGCUGGGUCUUAGUAUAGGUUUCAUCGGUAAAUAUACAAAUUGGACCGUGUCUAAGAGAUGCUUUUGUUUUAGGGAAGACUAAAAGUGGCUGUGACUCGAAGAAUAAUUAAACUUUAAACAUGCCGUUAUUUAAGUGAUUGCCCUUGGAGAAGCGACAUUUGAUUUUCAUCAUCAGAUGUAACAGAACGAUUUGUUUACGUAUCAUGCAAUCCGGCGUUGCUAUGGUAGAUAUCUUAGACACAUUCCUUUGACGUUAUGUGAAUUUGAUGAAUGAUUUAUGUGAACCCGUGUAUUUUGAAUGUAUGAAUGGCCAGAAUAUUAUGAGCACUUGUUUAUUACACAUUUAUAUUUUAACUGAUAUUUAUACAUUCUGAUGCAUUUGAGAGUUGAUGCUGGUAGUUCGAUAUAUUCUACAAUAAUAAUGCUAAUAUUGUCAAUUCUAAAAAUGUCAAUAAAACAAAGAUUGAGCUAAAUGUUCAAUUAUUAUUAUGAACUAUUAUGUUAUUAAAUGUUUUGGAAAAAAUGUGUGGCAGUCAAUUUUCAUUUUAUGUAAUUCCAUGUAUUUUAUUAUUCUAAUUAGACUAUCUACUAUAUUGUUUGUUCUCGCCGAAUUUGCAUUUCAAGCUCGGAUAAUUCCUUCGGUUUUGGACUUUGAGUCCCGAAUAGUUCUCACAUAGCAUUUUUCUCCUUCCCUUAAUUACUCUAUUUCGUUAUUCUUGAAGAAGAUGGUUUAUUUGUUUCCUUUCUCUCUUUUGCUUAAUCGUAAACUUAAUUGAAGCACUCCAAUGGUGAUCGUUAAAAAGUAUACAAUGACUUUAGUACAAAUGAUGACUCACUUUUGAAUAUGUCUUUCAAAAUAACGGAAGCCAAACUAAUAAGCAAAUUGUCUUGCAUUUGGUUCAAAAUUCUACUUUUUCAUAUGUCAAUUUUCUUGUCAGAAAUGCAGAAGAUUUUACAAAACAUUUUCUAUAUGAGCCAUUUUCUUAAACCGCAGUCCAAUCGGAAAAAUUCACCGAUACUAGUAAUUGUAAUGGAUACAGCUCUUCCAGAUUGGAUUGAUUUAUCCACCAAAAAGUUUAAUUCAUUAUUGAUCAGCCCAGACAACGUAGGAAGUGUUUUAGCUUCGUACUAGAGUUGUAAAAGGAAUGCAUCUCGUUUGGAGUUAUCCAUGUUGGCCCUUGUUUAGGUCUGGAGAAAUGCAUAAACUGUCGAGGGGAAUAUGCAUCCAUAUCAAAAAGAGUUGCCCCCUCUAAUUUAAAUAAAAAAACCUAUACUUGGAUUAAAAUGUCGUAAUCAUUUAAGAAGCAAGGUAGAAGUCGGCAAGUAUCACUUUCGCAAAUGUUAUACAAUUUUCAGUGAUUAAGAAGCUACGACUACUGCGAAAAUUCUUUAAAUUAUAUAAGAUAUCAAUGUUAAAAUGGAAUAACACGCCCGAGUGUUGACUGAUAUGUUCUAAAAAAAUGAUUAGUGCUCUUAUCCAGAAUUUUGGGAGACACGUUAUCCAGAUUAACCAAGGCAGCAAAUCUCCUUCAAAGAAAAACUUCAUGUUUUUCGAACCCGACUGAAACUAAUGACUUCCACGUUUAAUAGGGUAAUGGCGGUGGCAAUGAUUCAAAAACUGGUCAACUUUUUUUUUCCAUUGCUCUUUUUAAUUUUUGUGUGUUCAGGCUGUACGCUUUUGUUUCUUAGUCUUUUUUUACUUCAUUUCUUGUCUUUGGUUGCGCUUAUCUUCCUCGUUUUUCGUUAUUAUUUUUUACAUUGAUGGUGAAAUUUGUAGAAGGAUUAAAAAUAAAAAUUUGGUUGCAAAUUCAUUUUUUACUGCAUCAUUUUGAGUUUUCCAAGAGAAAUUUUUGUCGAAUUGAGAUAUUUUUUCCCUCCAAGUAAAAAUAAAAACUCCGGGAAGAAGGUUUUUAAUUAGCAUCCGUACCAAUGUGUUUGGUGGAAUCAUUUCUACUAACUUUAGUGGUGAUCUAAAUUUGGAACUUCUGGCAGUUGAGCUCCAUUACCUAAACAUCCAAUUCAUUAUCAUCAACUUGCAUGCAUCUCAGUAUUUCGAUAUUCAUCAAACCAAAUCUCGUUUUCUUUCCUUUUCUUUUGUUUGCCCUACCUCCAUUUUCUGUGAUUUUUAACCUUUACUAUCCACUAUCCCGGUGGCUUAGCGCUUCGCGCUCCGAACGCACAGGUCCGAGGUUCGGUCCUCAGUCUGCAAGGUCGACUCAGCCUUCAGUUUGUCGACAAACUGAGGACCAAGCAUGCUUGGGAACUAAACACUGGGGGAGUUCCACGUUAGGCUGACCAUCUAACCGGGACACAUGCCUUGCACUCCAGGGCCCAAGAUGGGCACUGUAGGCUUUGGCCCACAUGAGCUGUCACGCCUGCUGAGUUUAGUUUAAUUUAUCCAUUAUGGUCUGUUAAAAUGCCGCUCCUCAGCAUGAAAUAAUAAUAACUUUGCGACUUGGCUCACAUUUCGUCUUUCUUAACACUAAAACCCCAUCCUAUUGCUCUAUAAGUACGUAAUCCAUUUUAGAUUUUACAAUUUGUUCCACUGACAUUUCCUGCUAUGUUGAUCUAGCUUCGGAAACGAUCCUAAUCUGAUUUAUCCUUGAUAGCCCAACAAGCGUUUUAAAAAUAAUGAACUAGUUGCUAAUAAAAUAACAAACUCAUGAAAUGAUUAAUGACAUCGAUCCACUUUCACUUUACAACAAUCAAGAAAGGUGCGACUGAAAUAAUUUCUCAAAAUAUUUCAAUUAAAUCUCUGCUUAACAAAACCUAUCACCGUCAGGGUUUUCAAAGGCUUAAGUUUUAUUUGCGUAAAAAAGUACAUAGAAAUAUUCCGAGUCAAAAAUAUCUUGCUAAUUGCGCUUCAUUGUCAAAAAAAAAAAAAAAAAUCUGUAGAUGAGUAAUUUAAUUCGAAAUCCAAGAAUGUUCUACAAUGUAAUUUCAUCAAUUCUCGAAACUAUACAAAUUUUAAACAUAGCGAUAUAAUCCUUCAUAACAAUUAUGUUUGCUGCCCAAAGAAGCAAAAGGAACUUUCUAAAAUCACUUGAAAAUUAUUGAAUCCAUUCCAUUAGAUUUUUCUGGCAUAAAAUUAUCUCCCAACAACUUUGGAAUUUGGAAACUAAAAAAAGCAAUAAGCAGAACUAAGAAGUUUACUUCAGGCAUACAUAAUUCCAGACGGUUUAAAAAUCUAAACUCUUAACAAUUUUUAAAAAAAUAACCAAAUAUCUGAAAUUUAUUUCAAAAUCGGUCUGACUCUGCAGCCAUUCUUGAACAAUGGAAACAUGCGUUGAUUAUUUCCGAAACAAAUAAAGACAAGACUAAAAUUCCCUCGUAUCGUCUCACGGCCCUUGGCAAAAAAUGUACUAAUUACAUAUAAGCAUUGGUAGAUUAUUCCUAAUUCUAAUUGAAAAAAUAACAAAUUACGAACUUUUUACUCAGUUUUGAAUGAAAUAAAGCAAAGUAAAAAAUUGAACGGCUUUUAUUAUAUAUAUAUACAUAUUACAAAAAGUUCGCUAGGAGUAGAGAAAAUUUCGUUUAAAAAUUCUUGAUGUAAAUAUUUUAAUGUUUUUAAGUUGACGUGAAUUGCGAGAAGCAAAAAUCGGUGAAAAAUGCUCUCUGUGAAUGCUACCAAAAUUGGUUUGUCUAUUGAACAUCUACAUGCACUGUUGAUGUGCAAUAAUAAUAAAAAAAUAAGUUUUUCAAAACUUAGAUUUCUGAUUAAAUAAAACUUAUCGACAUUUUGAUCCAUUGAAAAUAUUUCACUUUCUUUCUUUUUAUUCCUCCCCCCCCCCGCUUAUGAUGGUAUUAAUGGAACCAAAAUAGAUGCUAAAGGUUAAUUAAAAAACAUUAAGCCUUAUAAAUGCACUUUAAAAUAGUUUACAAAAUCAUUUGAAAAAUAUGACAUAAUAUAUUUAAAUAUAAAAUUCAUAAAAAUAAAUUCUCGUUCUAAUGAGGAAGGUUGAAUGAGGGGGGUGAUUAUUUGAAAGUAGAACAUGGAACGGUUUAAUUUUAUAAAUUUUAAUGAUGUUAUAAUGUACUAUUUUUAGUGAUUUAUUAACUGUCCUAAUGUUUAAAAGAAUAAAAUGUAGAAAUUUCAUCAAAAUCAAAUAUUUUAUACGUAAUUUCAUUUAUGCAUUAUUCCAUUCAUUUUUAGGAUAUUUCAGAAUUUUCUAUUUUUUCUAACAUACAGGUUUGAUUUGUGAAACCAAGCGCUCAAUGAGAGUCAUGUUGAAAAUAUGUAGAAUACGUUUACGAUAGAAUAGCAGACAUGCAUUUGUGAGAACGUGCUAGUAAAACGUAUCUUUUCUUGUAUAUAUUUCAUCAAUAUUCAUUUUCUUGCAUUAUGUAAUGCUGCAUACCUUAUUAUGGGUAUUAUUAGGCAGAUGAGCAAUACUGCAAAUGGUUUUCUUUAAUAAAAAAAAUGAAAAAAAAAAUUAAUCGAUGUCUUUGUUGAAGAUUACUAUGAAACGGAGAAUCCAAAUUGUUCAGGAGUAAGAAUUUUUUUUCAUUUUCUAAGUGAUUAUUACAUCUAUUUAGUGUAUUGUAUUCUUCAAUUUUGCCGCCUGAGGGAAGUAAGGAUAUGAGCCUGUAAUUACUGUGUUUUGUAGGGUCUUUACCUCGUUUUAAUAUGAAAAUAAUUGCAGCUUUUUUCCAGGCUGACGAAAAAUGACCUAAUAUUAAGAUGCUACGAAUAAUAUGUCAAGAAUUUAACAAAAGUUUCAGGGAGAUUUUUAAGCAUUUUAUUAAUACUAUCUAUACCGAGGUCUUUUCCUAACAUUUAAUUUAAUAUAUUCAGUUAUUUCAGAGGUUGUAGGGGGAGGAAUAUCUGUAAAUUUGGAUGGGAGAGAGUCUUGAAAGCUUUGGACUGUAUUAUUUACAAUUUGUUCUGUUUCAUAGUCAUUAAGCUGAAAUUGUUUUUCAAGGCUGUCUGCCAGACAGUUUGCUUUUUCAAUAUCAGAAUUGGCAAUACUAGCUAGGUCAGUAAGGACCGGAAGUUUUUGCUUUUCAAUGGUCUGACAAUUUUUCAGAUAGACCCGUCUUAAGUAUUGACAUUCAUGUGUUAAUUGACGAAGCUAUUACUUCCAAUUUUUAAAUUUAAUUUUUCGAUUUCCUUAUUGAGUCGAUUCAUAAGUCUCAUUGGGUCUCUAGGAGUUUUGGAAAUCCUCCCUGGCAAAAUUCCUGUCGCUAAUUAAGCGUCUAAUUUCUGGGCCAAUGCAAUUUUGAUUAGUUUUAAUGAGGGUGGAGGCUAAAUUUUUGGAUUUAAUUAUUUGUGAUUCAAUGUUUGAAUUUAUAUGGGUUAGCAAAAUCAUCAAUUAUGGGUAUAUACGCCAAGCGAUUCAUGGAAAAUUCCUAAAAUAAAUUUGCGUAGCCCCACCUGGGAAAAGAGCUUAGGACUAUAGGGCGAUUACUUGAAACGAUCGUUUGCACAAAGUCGUUGUGGGAGUUCGCCCCUCUAAAAAGGCGAUCUUCAGAGGCGAAAGAGAAAUUAUAUAUACAACCAAAAUCUGAUAUCGCACCUGCGAGAUACGGACGAGUUCUACUCGAGCAGAGCGAUCGUUGGGCAAUCAUUUUGCUACCAUUCUUGCUGCUUGGGAUUAAGGUGAAGAACAAAAUUUAACCAUUUUACGGUAAAAGCCUCAGAGGUAUGAAAAUUCUUAAAUGCGAAAUCUAAACCAUACUUUAAUUGUUGUCAUUUGUACAGGUAAAAUAAAUAUAUAAAUAAAAGAGGGGAGGCGGUAUAGCCUGGUUGGGUGGGCGUUGGAUUCGCAUCCCUUGGAUUUGAGUUCGAACUCUGCUGGCCGAAGACUCUUCCUGUAUAUGAUGGCUGGUGCACGCAUAAAUCUGUCGUAGCCACAAAAUCCUCCAAGCCGAAACAAUACCACUAGGGGUACUGGAUCAGAGGUGAUCGUUCUCUGAUUCAGGUCUAAAUUAAGAUCUGUGGAUGAGUGAAUGAGAAAUGUAUGAAUGUAGCCAGCCCCCUGAAAAGAGUUGUGACGCAUCAGUAACUAAGACGUAUUCUUGGUCCUAGAUGGCACUACUGAAACAAGAAACGCUAAAACUCGACUUCAAAAUGGCUGACUUCGUCAGCUGGCUUGUCUAACAACAAGCUUGACAAGUGCCCUAAGCAACAACAACAGAGGUGUAAAAAAAAAAAUCAUGUCGGUGCUCAUCUUUCAAGGACUGUGCACAAAUUGCAAAACAGCACAUUGUAUAAUACAUAAUAAUUUUGCUAUUUAUUGGUACAAAUAUACUCACUGUCAUUGAAAAUCCUUGAAUUUUAUUUUGCUAUACUCGGAACCCUGGAAAAUUUUGAUUUUUUAUCAUGUGAGAACAUGUUGUUUUGGGUAGGAGCAUCACCAUCUUUUAACCGCAUAUAUUUUUUAUCUGCUUUUACCAGUAUUGCAUUAUUAUUACGUAUGCUUCUUUGAAAGCAUACAUAAUAAUAAUGCAGAAGCAGAUGCUUUUUUAAAAGGUUGACCUGCUUUUACCAGAAUUGCUUUAUUAUUACGUAUACUUCUUUGUUGUUAUAGCUGUUAUUUUCAUGGAAUGUAAUUUUUUUCGGAGGAAAUUAAAUAAUUUAAUUUUUAUAUGUUCAAAAAAGCUUCACUCGCGUUUAAUAACAAUUUUGAUAAAAAUAUUUUCUAUUUCCCCCCUCCCCCCCCCAAUGGGGAAAUAUCACUUCAUUCAGUCUUAAGUGGGAAGCAUUGAAGGAUCUGACUCGUGUUCUAAGAUUAAUCCAUUAUGAAAUUGUUUUAUGGUCUCGGAAAUUAGAAAAUGGCAGUUUGUGUUUACAAAAAUAUUGUUUUCAUAAAAAUUUUAUAUAAAUUAAUAUGUUUAAAACUUUAUUGGUAGAUAAUUUAUCAUUUGGAAAUCGCAGUGCGACGGAAACGCUCGUUAUUCAGCUUCCAAACAUGGCAUUCCUUUUUGUCAGAACAUGAUGUGUUUUGGUUAAGGGCUUUUGAGGCUCGAAAUCGCGUAGGCAAUGAAUAAAGCAUAAAUGGCAAUUUUCAUUUUUUUUCUUGCCUGGCAAAAAAGUUGAUCUCUCGUAAACCGGUCUAAAUUGGUUAAUGACUUAAAAAAUAAUAAUGUUCCCACAUGAUAACUUGAAAUUUGCGAUUGUAGAUUUCAAUUUUUUAAUUAAUUGUUUUUCUGGUGAACUCAAUGAUUUUUUUUAUCUGAUUCGUGGCCUAUACGGUGGGAGAAGUUUUACUUCUUCGGUUAUUUUUCAAGGUGUCAAAUUAGUACAGCAACGACCAGGAAAAUUAUUAUUAUUAUUAUUAGGACUUUGAGAAAUAAACAAUAUUUAUACAGAUUUUUCCCGAUUCGCAGAGCGAGAACAAAAUUUAUCUAAAUUCUCCAAUAAUCAUACGAUUUUAGGUGACAUAUUAAUAAUCAGUUUUCAGAAAAGGAAAAAAAAGGGGGGGGGAGAACAUUAAAUUUGAAAUUGUUAAGCCUGAACACACUUUCGAUUACUGUUACUUUCAGGAACACUAUUAUUAACGUUUUUCGAAAGUCAUUGGUAAUAAAUAAGAUUUUUUUUUUUUUAGUUUUUUGUGUGACAAUUGAUUAUUAUUAUAUAAUUUGAAAUCAAAGAAUAACAUUUUUUGAAUAGAAUUAUUUUUUAGGCCGUGAAUUCAAACAAAUAGUACUUAAGUCAUUUUCGACAAAAACUGAAUUUUCGAAAAAUAACAGCAAAUAUUAAUCUAAAAUUUGUACGUGGCAAUUCCUUCUAUAUAACACAUGUUCUAAUAGAGUUAUAAAAAUUUCGCUCAAAUUGAGAAAUGAAAUAUUUUCUAAACUUAAGAAGCUUUUUUGAAAUUUAUUCUUGACAUAAUUAAAACAGCAUUCAACAGCUCAUUGCAUAGUUUCUUCUUCUUUUUAAUAUCAACAACUUUUUAAUUUAAAAGUUUCCUUUUAGAUUAAAAGCUUUUUAUUUAAAGGUGAAAAACCGCUGUUACAACAUUCCCAUUCCCUCGUCCUCCACCCUUAAUCCGGUAACAAAUUCUGAUGCAACUUUAGAGGCCUAUUUUCUAGCAGCAUUUUAUGCUUUAUAAUUUUAAUUUACUAAACGCGUUUGCUUUCAUAAAAUCAUUCCAUUCAUUUUCAAUCUUUCAUAAAAUUUUCAGUUCAACAGAUUGAAGAUUUAAGUUUAAAGAAUAUCAUUUGUGAAUAAUCCCUUGUCAUUUAGCUUCUCUUAGAGACAAAUUGAAAUCCAAAUCUUAUUAGUAUUUAAUUGGAAUUUUUAUGAAAAUUGCCCUUUGUAUCUGAAUUUGAAAUUAUGAAAGGGAAAACAUGCUAUAUUUCGAUCAAGGACAAAUAAAAUUUAUUUAUUAAAAAUGCUUUAUAUUUUCUCCAAUAUUUGUCCCACAUUUCAAACUUUAAUAAAAAUGCCAUUGAUCCAUCUUUAUUACCAUUGCUGUCAAUAUUUUAUAAUAGAACUGUUAUUACAGGUGGUUCAAAAGCAGAUGAACAAACAGGUUUUGGUGUCAAUAGUGAUGCUAGUUGCAGUAUUUUUUAUUUUUCAUUUACUCAAUUAUAAGUGCAAAAGAAAUCAUAUUUUAUUCUCUGCAAUACAUCUUCUGCAGUCAGUAUUAAAAAUUCUAUAUGGAUAGCAGCAGUAUGAAUCUGACGAAACAGUAGGAAAAUAUAGAAAACCCCAUCCAUCCUAGUUUAUUCAAUAUCAUAGAUAUAAGUUCUUCAUUGGGGGAUUUUGAUAUUCUCUUCUGUUGGGAACCCAGACAUGUCGGCAUUUUAGGAAAUGAGAAAACCCAUUCUUCAACCGAAAAUAGUUUGUUACUUUGAAAUUGAUAGUUUCUUUCACAGAUAUGUGCAAUUUCCUUUAAAAAACCGCAACUAAAUGGCAGGACACAUGGGAUUUGUAAUUUAUUAAACUUGUUACUGCAUUGUGGCCAAUUCUUCUUACUCUAUGUGAAAUCAACACACCUGCGAAUCAGACAUAGAUAUUAAAUCCGUGUACACUUGCUCAGGGAUUCAGAAUGGAUAUUAGCGUGUGGAUGCCUAAUUACAUACAACCAUUAAUGAAAGCAUAACAAAUUAUCUUAUCCUCUGUCAUAUAAUUUUGAGUGAAUGAAAAUGUUUGCCUUGAAACACUAUCAAAAAGUUAUUUUGAUUUACAACUAUGAAUAUUAAUAAAUAGAUGCAAGUGAUGCAGAAAUGCAAUAACAUUUUAAUUCAAUGUAAACUUCAACAAGCAAAUGAAACUUCGUUCAUUAAAAGUAGGCAGAAAAUUAUCAUUGACGGAUUAAAAUUUUAAUGUAAACCUAUAUAUAUUUUUAAUUUUUAUUUAACCUUUAAGCUUCAGGAGCCCAAACUCGGAAAAGUUACUUUGAAUACGGGCAUUCAGUGAGAAAAGCUAGAAGAUGCUUUCCCCUUCUUUUAAAGGCGAUUGUUGGAAAUACCCUUUUCCGAUUUCGACCACCCGUAGUGGUAAUUGGUCAUCUGUCCUCUCCAUCAUAACCAGGUUGCUUUUUUGCGGUUUUACCACUCUGAGCCCUAGAAAAAGCUUGCUAUCGCAGUUUUUUUUUUUUUUUUUUUUUUAAUUCUGAAACAUUAGUUUACUAAUUCUGUAGGAGAAAGUAUUAAAUGUUAUGACAUUAAAUAAAUUGUAAAUAGAAUAACUGCUGUACUGUUAUUUAGCACAUUCAACAAAAUAUUGUAAAUUUUUGAAUCAUAUUUGUAAUUAAAUAAAUUUCUCAAGCAUUACUGAAGCUGUAAAUUUAAUUCUUAUAAAGCGUGAACACAU